UCCGGCUCCGUGUUGGAAGUAGCACUGCGCCGUGUCUUCCUGGAGGAGAAGGUGCUCGGAGGGACGACCGUGGUGCCGGAUGUGAAGAAGAGCGGGAGCGUGGAGACUCGGAGCCCGAGGACGCGUUUCCAUUGGUGACAUCUUGGCGGGCCCGUCGGUGGCACUUCCUCUUUUACACCCCGUGACCCACGUCCGGCCCGCCGCCCUCAGUCACGCGGCCUCUGCCUCCGGGACGCAGCCCCGCGCGCCGGCCUUCCGGACUCCGGACCCGUCGUGGAACUCUUCUCCCCCCGCGUCCCUUCUGCCCCAGGAAGUCCCCCCGACCCGACUCAGGAGCUCCGCCCCCCGCGGGUCCAGGGAAACUCUUUCCUGGCCGCCCCAGAAAGCACCCCCCUCCCAGGCCCCGACUCGGGAGCUCCGCCCCCUCCCCCCACGACUCCGGGAAGCCGGGACGGAGAACGCUGGCCCCACCUCACUCCCUCCUCGGCGGCCUAGAAGUUCCCACUCCCGCCUCCGUUAAUAACAAAAGGAGACGCACCUGGACUUUCCCGGAGCCUUCUGCGUUUUUAAGCGUCGGGUGGAAUUAGGGGUCCUUUGGCUGUAAACCGCGCUUGUUUGAAAAUAGAAAUCAGUCCUGCUCCUCUCAGCGGACAAUUCGUUACCUACCAGGAGUGUCUCCGACUGUGGGCAUCCCCUCCCCCCCCCGGGUUGUUCUUAAAGCCACAAAAAGCUGCACCCAAGCUUGUUUGACGUCAGUCCUCUCAAGUGUCCAUGAUGCUGGGCCCCGAGGGAGGUGAAGGCUUUGUGGUCAAGCUCCGUGGCCUGCCCUGGUCCUGCUCUGUUGAGGAUGUGCAGAAUUUCCUUUCUGACUGCACAAUACAUGAUGGGGCUGCAGGCGUUCAUUUCAUCUACACUAGAGAAGGCAGGCAGAGUGGUGAGGCUUUUGUUGAACUUGAAUCAGAAGAUGAUGUAAAAAUGGCCCUUAAAAAAGACAGGGAAAGCAUGGGACACCGGUACAUUGAGGUGUUCAAGUCCCACAGAACCGAGAUGGAUUGGGUAUUGAAGCACAGUGGUCCAAACAGUGCCGACACCGCCAAUGAUGGCUUCGUGCGGCUUCGAGGACUCCCAUUUGGAUGCACCAAGGAAGAAAUUGUUCAGUUCUUCUCAGGGUUGGAAAUUGUGCCAAACGGGAUCACAUUGCCUGUGGACCCCGAGGGCAAGAUUACAGGGGAAGCCUUUGUGCAGUUUGCCUCACAGGAGUUAGCGGAGAAGGCCCUAGGGAAGCACAAGGAGAGAAUAGGGCACAGGUAUAUUGAAGUGUUCAAGAGCAGUCAGGAAGAAGUUAGGUCAUACUCGGAUCCCCCUCUGAAGUUCAUGUCUGUACAGCGGCCAGGGCCCUAUGACCGCCCUGGCACGGCCAGGAGGUAUAUUGGCAUUGUCAAGCAAGCAGGCCUGGAGAGGAUGAGGUCUGGUGCUUAUAGUGCAGGCUAUGGGGGCUAUGAGGAGUACAGCGGCCUCAGCGAUGGCUACGGCUUCACCACUGAUCUGUUUGGGAGAGACCUCAGUUACUGUCUCUCAGGCAUGUAUGACCACAGAUACGGAGACGGCGAGUUCACUGUCCAGAGUACCACUGGACACUGUGUCCACAUGAGAGGGCUACCAUACAAAGCCACAGAGAACGACAUUUACAACUUCUUCUCUCCACUCAACCCUGUGAGAGUCCAUAUUGAGAUUGGCCCUGAUGGAAGAGUGACGGGCGAAGCCGAUGUUGAGUUUGCCACUCACGAAGAAGCUGUGGCAGCAAUGUCCAAAGACCGGGCCAACAUGCAACACAGAUACAUAGAACUUUUCCUGAAUUCCACGACUGGGGCCAGCAAUGGGGCGUACAGCAGCCAGAUGAUGCAAGGCAUGGGGGUGUCGGCCCAGUCCACUUACAGUGGCCUCGAGAGCCAGUCUGUGAGUGGCUGUUAUGGGGCUGGCUAUGGAGGCCAGAACAGCAUGGGUGGAUAUGACUAGUUUUGUAGGAGCAUUUGAGUUAUUGCAAUCAAAUUUUCACAGGCAGCCAACAAGCAGUGAAAAGCAAUUAUUACUCUAGAGGAAGUUGUGGGACCCAUUUUGCACCAUGAGUUUGUGAAAUCUGGAUUAAAAAAUUACCUCUUCAGUGUUUUCUCAUGCAAACUUUCUUCUAGCAUGUGAUAUUGAGUAAACUAAAACUAUUUUCAGCUUUUCUCAAUUAACAUUUUGGUAGUGUACUUCAGAGUGAUGUUAUCUGAGUUAAAGUAGUUUUGAGUACAUUAAAUGGAUCUUUUACACCACAUCACCGUGAACACAUUGGGGAGACGUACUUUUUUGGAAAACUCAAGGUGCUAGAUCCCUAAUUCAAAGAGGAACAUUUCUCAUGUUUGUUCAUUCUAGUUUAUUUUCAUUUAAAAUCUUUUAGGUUAAGUUUAAGCUUUUAAAAAUAAGUUAGUUUUGAAAAUUGAGACACAUUACUAAUACUGUAGGAAUUGGUGAGGCCUUGACUUAAAACUUUCUUUGUACUGUGAUUUCCUUUUGGGUGUAUUUUGCUAAGUGAAACUUGUUAAAUUUUUUUGUUAACUAAAUUUUUUUCUUAAAAUAAAGAUUUUUCCACAAUGA